AUGAAACUCUUAGCUUGGAACUGUAGAGGGCUUGGGAACCCUUGUACAGUUCGAGAGCUUCACCUUCUGGUGAAAGAAAAGGUCCCACAGGUUGUGUUUAUUUCUGAGACUAAAUGCAAUCGAGAGAGAGUAGAGAAGAUCAGAAACAAAUUGGGGUUAGCUCACAGUUUUGUAGUGGAAAGUAGAGGGAAGAGUGGGGGUCUGGCAAUGAUGUGGAGUGAGAAUACUUAUGCCUCUUUGUUUUCAUAUUCAAGGCAUCAUAAUUCUUUAGAGCUAUCCACUGAGGAGGGAGCAAGUAAGUGUCAUGUUACUAGUUUUUAUGGGGAUUCUGUAGUGGAAAAGAGAAGAGCUUGUUGGGAUUUGCUUAGAGUGCUGAGACCAGAUAGUAACUGUCCUUGGCUGUGCAUGGGUGAUUUUAACGAGCUGUUGUCAAAUGAGGAAAAGUAUGGGGCACCUGAUAGACCUUUUCUCCAAAUGGAAAGGUUCCGAGAGGCUUUGGAUGAAUGUGAGCUCAGUGACUUGGGUUUUCUUGGCUCAAGGUUCACGUGGAGUAAUAAAAGAGAGGGAAGGGCUUUUAUCAAGGAAAGACUAGACAGGGCUUUUGGGAACUCAAGUUGGUCUAAUAUAUAUGAAGCUUUCUGGUCUAAGAAACAGGAAUGCAAGGACAUUAUUAAGAGGACCUGGUAUUCCUUAAGGGGUAGAAACAGUAGCUUGGAGAAUGUCCAACAUGCACUUGAAAGUUCUAUGGUUCAGCUGCAAGCAUGGGCAAAAAGGACUAGAGGUAAUCAAAGGAUUAGAAUUAAAGAGAAGACAUAUUUGAUCCAACAUAUGCAAAAACAGAAUACAGGUGAGCUCAAUGGUCAUAUUAAAGCCCUUCAGGAGGAAGUGGAUGCCAUUAUGGAAGAUAAGGAAUUGAAGAAAGUUAAUUUGAUUAAUAGAAUUACUGAUGACAGGGGGAAUUGGGCCACUAAUCCAGUAGAAGUUGGAAAAGCCUUUCAGUCUUACUAUGAAAACCUGUUUUCAUCUUCUAAUCCUACUGGGUGUGAGGAAGCCUUGCAGGUAGUGAAUAAGUUGAUAACUCAUGAUAUGAAUCAGCAGUUGAUGAAGAGAUGUUCAGUAGAGGAAGUGAGGGUUGCAGUUUUUGACAUGAAUCCAUUUGGGUCUCCUGGCCCGGAUGGUUUUUCUGCAGGAUUCUAUCAGGAUAAUUGGCAGAUUGUUGGUGAGGAAGUGUCAGCUGCAGUGCAGGAAAUUCUGGAAAAUAGGAGAGGGGUAGCUGAGAUUAAUGAGACUUAUAUUGCAUUGAUUCCUAAGAAGAAACUUCCAACUCUAGUCUUGGAAUACAGACCUAUUAGUUUAUUGGCUUAUGAAACAAUGCAUUCCAUGAAACAUAGAAUGAGAGGCAAGAAGGAAGGGUAUAUGGCUUUGAAGUUAGACAUGAGUAAGGCAUAUGAUAGAAUUGAAUGGUCUUUUUUGGAAGCUAUCUUGAUCAAGAUGGGUUUUAGUAAGGAGUGGACUGAGCUGUCCACAACAAAAGUUUUGUCCAAAGAGAGGUUUUUGACAAGGGGACCCACUGUCCCCUUAUCUCUUCAUCUUAUGCUCGGAGAUGAUAGUUUGCUUUUCUGCAAGGCCAAUGCUUUGGAGUGGAGUAGGCUCUUUGGCAUUCUUAAAACGUAUGAAAAUGCUUCUGGUCAGAGGUUUAAUAUGGAAAAAAAAGCAGUUUAUUUUAGCUAUAACACAAGAGUUGAGUUUAAGGAAGUUAUUUUAGCAGUAGUAGGUUUGGAGGAGGCCAAAUCCAAUGAGAAGUACUUGGGGUUGCCAGCUUAUGCAGGAAAGGAGGUGUUGCUUAAAUCUGUUAUACAGGCCAUUCCUACUUAUUGCAUGAGUAUUUUCAAGCUUCCAAAAGCCAUAUUGAAUGCCAUAAAUUCUUUAAUGCAGAAAUUUUGGUGGGGAAUGAAAGGAGAUAGAUCAAAGGUUAGAUGGCUCUCUUGGAAGACUCUUGGAUCAUCCAAGGAAGUGGGAGGUCUUGGUUAUAGAGAAUUUGAGAACUUUAAUGUUGCUCUCUUAGCCAAGCAAGGAAGGGAGGUCUUAAGUGAAGGGAUGUUUUGGUGUAUUGGUAAUGGUCAUUCUGUUAGGAUAUGGAAGGACAAAUGGAUUCCCAGGCCUACCUCUUUUAAAGUUCAAUCUCUUGUAAGAGUGUUGGAUGAGAAUUCGAAAGUAUGCAGUCAGAUUGAUCAGCAGAGAGGUGAGUGGAAAGAAGGCUUGAUUCAUGAAACUUUCAAUCCUGAGGAGUCAGAGAUGAUUAGCAGAAUUCCAAUCAGUAUUACAAAUGCUAAUGACAAUCUGAUAUGGAGGUGUACUAAGGAUGGUUCUUUCUCAGUAAAGAGUGCCUAUCACUUGUUAGGUGCGAUGGUGUCUUACAAUCAAGGGCAGUCUUCUUCUGCAGUUCCACAAAAUAAGAACUGGUCUAUGGAGUUUGGGUGUUCCUAA